GUGCGUGGGUGACGAGCUCUGGACUAACAACAUAGGAUUAUGAUUGGAUAUACGCUGCUUCUCCUGGGAUUCUUAGCCUUUGCGCAGGCCCAACUGCUAAAUGAUACAAGUGGUCUUACCCUACCGGAACCUGGCCUUUGGCGCCAAGGCAGGAGGAGAAGUGUCCUGGCGGAUAGCUGUACCACCAAUAGCGGCACCACCGGCACCUGCCUUACUCGCUUCAAGUGCAUGCGGCAAUCGGGGACUGUCAAUGGAUAUUGUGGCACCUAUGGUGUUUGCUGUGAAACCAACCUUCAAGUGGGAGCAUCGACGCGGCAAAAGCGAACCAUAAUCAAGAAUCCUGCUACGAUAUCGAGCGAUUUGAACACCUACACCAUCGAGGCCUUUAGUAACAAUGUGCAGCAGUUGCGAAUCGAUUUCGAGCAGUUUGUGAUGCAACAACCGACGGAUACAGAUGGAGUUCUGGAGUGCCAGGACUAUUUCGAGGCAGGUGGCUUCAAGUUGUGUGGCGUCAAUGAUGGCCAGCACCUGUAUUUGCCUUUCAAUGCGGGUGCUGGUGUUGAUCAGGUGACCCUCACCUUUGGCAUAACCUCCAGAGGAACUGCACCCGUUUGGAGGCUGAUUGUGACUCAGCUGGAGGGGCCCCCCGCAAAUAGUAAACGGCGUUCCAGUACUUCCAGUGGCUUGGGAACUUCCACCAAUUCUCUGCAGGAUCUGCGCGAUAUCUUUGCCACCCAUCAUGCUGACUAUGAGCUGCUUGCUCCGCCGGGCUGCCAGCAGUACUUUACGGAUCUAACGGGCACUAUUCGCAGCUUUAACUAUCAGACUUCAGUCGUCAGCAACUAUAUGCCCGAUUUGAGCUACAACAUAUGUAUUAAGUCAUCGACCAGCGCCAGCAUGAUUGAAUACUCCUUCAGCAAGUUCUCGAUGUCAGUGCAGUCGGAUACCACCGAGGGCUACGAUGAGUUCUGCCAUGCCACUGUCCACACGGCCGGCAGGCAGGAGGACUACUUGAUGAUACCGCAGGGCAUUCUGGCCAAGAACAUGGCCUACCAGCCCACCUACUAUUGCGGCACCAACGACAACCUGCUGGUUUAUGCCUCGCCACCCUACAUGAUGCACUUCUCCAGCGAUGACCUAACUCUGAAUCGGGAUGUGGAGACCGGCUUCAGUAUGACUUAUCGCCUGAGGAACUCUCUUCUUUAAGCUUUUUACAUACAUAUCUAAUUUGAUAGUUUCUUCUUGCCUAGGAUUUAAUAAACUCGAAUGUC